GUUCUAAACUGGAACACGUGUUGUUGUUGAAGAAAUAUAAUUUGGCAUCUCUCGGACUUUGUUUCUCACCUAUCAAGUCAAAAGAUAAUGUAUAGAUUAUAAGAAAUCUAAUAUGUCCAGACUUAUUGUGAAAAAUCUCCCAAAGAGAGUGAAAGAAUCCAAAUUAAGACAACUUUUUGGCGAACAUGGCACACUGACUGACUGUACCUUGAAAUAUACUAGAGAUGGUAUCUUUAGAAGAUUUGCCUUCAUUGGAUACAAGUCAGAGGAAGAGGCAAAGAAUGCUCAAAAAUAUUUAGAUAAAACUUUCAUCAAUACUGAUCAAAUGGAAGUGAACAUUGCUACUACUGUGAAUGAUGGUGAAAAACCCAGAGCUUGGAGUAAAUAUUCUAAAGACAGUUCUGCCUUCCAGCGUAAAGAGAAGAGUGACCCAGCCAAUAUCGAGAAAGCUCAGAAAGAAUUUGAAGAGAAGAAGAAAAAAGAAAGGGCUGAAAGAGUUCACGAUUUGUUGGGUGAUUUGAAGGAUGAUGAAGGCUUCCAAGAAUUUCUUAAUGUUCAUGAUAGUUCAUCUAAACGACCUAUUUGGACAAAUGAUACUACAGAAGCUGGUGCAAAAGCGUCAAAGAAAAAAAAGAAAAAUGAGAAAUCUUCAAUGAAGGAGAAGCCAGUAGCAGUGGAAGAGACAGAUGACAUGGAAGAAGAGGAACCAAACAAGAAAGUCAAAAAAACUAAAAUUUCUGACAUGGAUUAUUUAAAGGCGAAGAUGUCCCAGACUGAUGUAAAUGAGUCUGGCAGUGAGAGUGAACAUGAAGAACAAGACACUACAGCUGUUGAAGAAACAGCACCUCCCUUAUCAAAUAGUCAGGAGAAAAGAUACAGUGUUUUAAUGAAAGGAAUAAAGGGAGCGUGUGGAGCGAAUACCAUCAUUAAAUUCUUUACUCCUUUAAAAGUUGGGAAAAUUGAUAUUGUGAAGAGUGAAUUAGGAGUGAAUAUUGGGGUGGCUUAUAUUGACUUUUUCACUGAGAAAGAUAUGGAACAGGCUCAAAAAAGGAGCAAGAACUUUAUCAAUGGAAAGAAAGUGAUUAUAAAGAAAUUAGGAGAAAAGAUGGUGGAUGUUGAACCAAAGAAAACUCGUCCAUGGGAAGUGAAGAAUUUCAAAACUACUGAAGAUGAAGAAGGGAUUGCUGAAAGUGGUCGAUUAUUCGUCAGAAAUUUAGCAUAUUCCUGUACAGAAGAAGAUGUUGAAGAACUCUUCAAGCCAUUUGGUCCUUUGGCUGAGGUGACACUGCAAGUUGACAGAUUUUUAAAUAAGCCAAAAGGAUUUGCUCUGGUAACAUUUAUGAUGCCAGAGCAUGCUGUAGCUGCCUAUACCAAACUAGAUGGUAGUAUAUUUCAGGGGAGGAUGUUACAUAUUUUACCUGGUAAAGAAAAGAAAGAAUAUGAAGAUGCUGAUGGAUUGACCUUUAAGAAGAAGAAAGAACUAGAACAGAAAAGACUGGCUAAGAGUUCACACAACUGGAAUGCUCUAUUUUUAGGAACUAAUGCAGUAGCUGAUGUGAUGGCAGAGAAAUAUGGUACUAGUAAAGGUGAUAUUCUGGAUGCAGAAGGUAAAGCCAGUCUUGGUGUUAGAAUGGCUCUUGGUGAAACUCAAAUUGUGUCCGAAACUCGUGAUUUUCUUAUAGAAAAUGGUGUGUGUCUAGACAGUUUUAGUCAAGCUACUGCACCAAGGAGUAAGACAGUCAUUCUAGCUAAAAAUUUACCUGCAGGCACUUCUUUAGAUGAACUUUCAACCUUAUUUAGUAAAUUUGGAAAUCUUGGACGUUUACUUUUACCACCAAGUAGUUUGACUGCUAUCAUUGAAUUUACUCAACCAAAUGACGCUCGUUUUGCUUUCACUAAACUAGCUUAUUCAAAGUUCAGACAUUUACCGUUAUAUUUGGAAUGGGCACCAGUGGAAGUGUUUAAGCCUGUGGUAGCACCUAAAACUGAAGAUAGUGGUAUUGAAUCAGAAACAGCAGCCAGUGGUAGUAAAACUGAAGCAGGAGAUGCUGAUGCUGACUCUGAUAGUGACGAGGAGGAAGAUACUACACUCUUUGUGAAGAAUUUGAACUUUGAAUCUAAAGAAGAAGACCUGAAGUCUCUCUUUGAGAAAUGUGGUACUGUGGCAAAAGCUAAUAUUGCCAAGAAAAUGGACGUCAAAAAUCCUGGAAAACAGCUUUCCAUGGGUUUUGGCUUCAUUCAGUACAAACAUAAAUCUUCUCUAGAAAAAGCACUUAAAGAAUUACAAAAAUCUGAAUUAGACGGACAUAAGUUAGAAUUGAAGCGUUCAAAUAGAGUAACUCAAAAAGACAAUGUCAAACAAAGGAAGAAACAAAAGGAAAAGGCAGCUUCAACAAAGAUACUUGUGCGAAACAUACCUUUUGAAGCAAAGGUUCAUGAACUCUCGGAACUGUUCAAAGUAUUUGGUGAAAUCAAAUUUGUUCGCUUGCCAAAGAAACUGAGUGGAACUGGAACCCAUAGAGGUUUUGGUUUUGUUGACUUUAUGAGCAAAGAGGAUGCUAAGCGAGCUUUCAAUGCUUUAUGUCACAGUACUCAUUUAUAUGGGCGUCGUUUAGUGCUAGAAUGGGCAGAAACAGAAGAAAACAUUGAUGACUUGAGACGGAAAGUGGCUGGACAGUUUCAUGAUGAACCUGAAAGUAAAAAACUUAAAAAAUCUACCUUUAUUGAAAACCUUGAAAGAACUGUUUAAAGUGAAAUAUUUGGUUCUUGUAUUAUUUGAAAUGAGAUAUUAUAUAAGGACAUUAUUUAUAAAAUUUGACUUAGAUUUUCUCCCUUUUUUAACAUAUGAUAGUAACCAUUAAAGAGUCCAAUUUGGUAACUUUUGCCCUUUGCCUCCGAAAAUAAUACAACCGUCCCAUAUCAGCAAUCCAGCUAAACCCCAGACGGCGGAAUCAUGAAAGCUUCGGUUUAUUGUUAGAUCCGAACGACUUUUCCAUAUCAGCCCCUCCGACAUGCAUCGCUGACAGCGGGAUAUCCGAAGGAGUACAUCGACCUAUUGUCAGUCUACAAACUGUAAUACCGCGGCGGCCCCUUUUUGUCAAGGGCACUUAUAUGUUUCAGUUAUAAUCUGGACAUGUUCAAUUCAUUGAACUACAAUUAUCCAAAUCAUGAGCUUGAAUAAAAUCAUCGUAUUAUACU